CUAUAGUCGGCAUUCGGUUAUCACCCAGUAUCCGAAAUCCUCUUCAGUGCGGAAUUCGUAUUAUAGACCUCUUUCGGUAGCUGGAUGACUGCUAGGUACGGAUGGCUCUCCACUCUUGAGUGAAUGAGGUCUGAAGCUCUAUCGAAAGUCUGUUCGGCGUAUUUCAUAACGUUUUGUUGACAAUGGCGGCGGAUUUGGAUGAGUUAAGAAAUCACAUAAAUGGAGUUUUUGAAUUUUACGAAGAAUUGGAAGAUCAUGUUCGGCUUCCUAAACGAUAUAUAAGAAAUACGCCAGAUCCCUUUGAAAUCUACAGAGAAAAGGAGUUUCAAAAUAAAUUUCGAUUCUCAAAAGAGGUGGUUAGAAAUGUCCUGUACCCAUUUGUUCAGCAUUUGGAAAAACCAGAUAAUCGUGGUUUGCCGAUUCCUGCAGAGAGGCAGUUAUUGUUGGCCUUGCGGUUUUAUGCAACUGGGAGUUUUCACGAAGUAUGUGGGGACAUGAGUGGCCUAAGCCGAAGUACAGCGGGAGCAAUAGUUAAAGCUGUUACGGAAGCUCUAGCUGGACAGCUGAGACACCACAUCAAGCUACCCAACACAGAUGAGGAAAUGAAUGGUGCUAUGCAAAAAUUUUUUGAAAUUGGAAAUUUCCCUGGUGUUGUUGCUGCAAUAGACUGCACUCAUGUUCCAAUUGCAAAUCCUGGAGGAGAUAGAGGAGAAGUGUUCAGAAAUAGACAUGGGAUUUUUUCUCUGAAUGUCCAGGUUGCUGUCAGCGCCCAAAUGAAAAUUAUUGACAUUUGUGCUACAAGACCUGGUUCAUGCCAUGAUGCAAGAAUUUUUGAUGGAUCAGGACUUAAGGUUUGCUUCGAAGAACAACGCAUAAAGGGCAUUAUGCUAGGAGACAGUGGUUAUCCGUGUCUUCCAUACCUGUUCACACCACUGCUAAAUCCACAGACAGAAGCUGAAGAAAGAUAUAACGUCGCUCAUAUCCGAACCAGGAAUAUUGUGGAGAGGACAUUUGGUGUUUGGAAGCGAAGAUUCCGCUGCCUUACUAAAAAACUGGAGCACAAGCCUGAAAACAUUGUCGCUAUAAUUUGUGCAACUGCUGUUUUGCACAAUAUUAGCUUAGAUGUCGAAGCGCCUUUACCAGAAGAUGAAUUUCCUUGGGUUGAUGUGUUUGGUGCUCCUAUAGCAGCAGAAGCAGCUGCUGGGAAUCGCAACAGAUUAGGUCAUCUGAUUCGUGCAGAUUUCAUUCAACGUCGGUUUAUGUAAUAUAUUUCAGUAAAGAUUUUCUUGUUUGAUUAAUCCCUAGUACUGUAGUAAAUGUUUGCGUAUUUUAUGCACUAUGCAAGACUUUUUUUUUAGUUUUGUUGCUGUAUUACAGUUUGUAAAAUUUUAUUCACCAUAUUUUUAACAAAUUGAAGCAUACAGCUGGUAAGCAACCAUGCUUGGCAUGUCAUGUAUCCUACUGUAGCCAAACAUAAAUACAAACAUAGCCAUGUGACUCACAUAUAGCAUGUCCAUAUAGUGUUUACGUUUAUCAGCUAGUUAUCCAAUCAUGGGAGUGUAGGUUUGCAGACUACAGCCCUUCCCCAGAUUUAAUAUCUUUUUUUAAAUAAAAAAAAUAUGGUUAGGUUAACAUGCAGCUAAAACUGCAUGCUAAUACAUAUAAUAAUCAUAAUUGUGUUAUUAGUUCAAGAGUUGCCAUUAAUAAUUGUUUUUAUAAAUUUAAUGUUAAAAGGUUAAAUUUCAGGAAGCCUCUCAACUAGAGUUUUACCUGUCUACUGUGUUUCUUGGCGGGAGUAAGCGUGUUUUAUAUGUUUAUUUUUAAGUAUAAUAUUGUUAUAGUUGUACUAGAAAUAUUUAAUAGGCUUCUUACUGAACCCCGUGGUGCAGAUUUAUUUUGUCAUAAUUUACAUUUUUUCAUGGUGUUAAGUAUUUCUGGUGAUUUUAUUGUUUUGUGCUGUAUAAGCAGUUUAAACUUACUUUUGUAUUUGUUUAGUUACUUUUUAUGUGGUUAGACAUUUUUUUGUACCUAAGUACUUAGUACCAUGAAGAGUCCAUUGGUGUUUUGGAGUUACUGAAGAUGUUUUGUGCAGCUUGACAUGUAUUUAUAUCAUGGUCACACUAUAGCGGCCACAGUGACUUGUGACUAUUGAGAAGCAUCAAUAAAACAUAUUGAAAAGAA